AUGGCCUUCGUCCCACCCAACUUCAGGGUCGACGUCCCCAGCGAGGACGAGCUCGUCGCCGUCGCCGUCGUCUGGGGCCUCUCGCUGCCCCUCACCGUCUUCGGCAUCUUCCGCUGCGUCCAGCAGACGUACAGCCAGUACAGGCGGACCAGGAGGGUCAACCUGUACAUGUUCCUCAUCUGGCUCGAGCUCAUCUCGACGACCUUGAUGGGGGGCACCGCCUGGGGAUACGUGCGGGGGGUCAUCCCACCCAGCAUGUGGUACUUUCUCGGGGCAGUCAUCAUCCUCUGGAUUGUCCAAAUCAACGCCAUCCUCCAGAUAAUCCUCAACAGGAUCAGCCUAAUCUCCGACAACAAACCCUACGUCCGCCGGGUCAAGUGGUUCCUCUUCGGCUCCGUGCUGCUCCUCCAGGUCGCCGUCGCCUGCGUCUGGAUCCCCGCGCAGCUCCAGAUCUCGGACCUGUACGUCGACAUCAACCACGUGUUCGACCGCACGGAGAAGGUCAUGUUCGCCCUCAUAGACCUGUGUCUCAACGUGUACUUUAUCUACUUGGUACGGUCGACCCUCAUCGCCUACGGGCUGACCAAAUACGUCCUGCUGUAUCGCGUCAACAUAGCCAUGAUCCUCAUCUCCAUGACCAUGGACGUCCUCAUCAUCGGCAUGAUGUCGCUACCAAGCGCCUUCCUAUACGUGCUGUUCCACCCCCUAGCCUACCUCAUCAAGCUCCACAUCGAGCUGUCGAUGGCAGAGCUCAUCGCCAAGAUCGUCAAGGCCUCGAGCAGGAGCCGGAGCUGCCUGUGUCCCUGCACCGAGGCCGACAACGACAUCCUGGUGGCGCCCACCACAGGUCGCGUAUCAGAAUGGGGUCCCUUCCGGCGUCUGCGGGAGACUCGGGUGGUAGAUCAGGCUGUGGCGUCUAGUGCGGUGGUCGAGAAUGGGGAUCGGACUGGUUGA